CGUAUGGACAGACAUCACUCAUAACUAGUUGGAUUAGAAACAUAACGUCCAGUGACACGACUCUACAGUCGAGUUUCUUUGGGUCGAAAUGGAUUUUGACGCGAUCCUCGAGGACGUGGGUGAAUUCGGCCGCUACCAGAAGCUGGUUAUAUACUUCAUCCUGCUGCCCGCGGUGAUCCCAUGCGGCUUCCAUGCGUACGCGCAGCUUUUUAUGGCGGCUGACGUCAAGCAUUGGUGCAGGGUACCUGAGCUGGAGUCGCUCGAGGAUCUGGAGCUAGCUAGAAACAUAAGUAUACCGCUAGAGUUAAGAAAUGAACAGCUGGAGUACUCCCAAUGUAGCAUGUACAACCUGAACUAUUCCGAUGUCUUGAACAACUAUCCCAGUGUAGAUGACAGUCUGGAUAAACAGAUCAUACCCUGCGCUGAUGGUUGGGUUUAUGAAAUGGGCACAUACAAAAACACUGUUGUUGUUGAGUGGAACUUAGUAUGCAACAAGGACUUCUACCCAACACUGGGCCUGGUACUGCUUGCUGUUGGAGGCAUUAUAGGAAACUACAUCUUCGGCUACCUCCAGGACACUCUAGGAAGAAAACCGUCCUUCUUCAUCUACCUGGCCAUCGAGUGCGUCUUCGGAGUGGCCACAGCAUUCGCUCAGAAUUACGUUGUGUGGAUAAUUUAUAGAUUUGGCGUCGGCUUCACUGUACCUGCUAUUAUGGCUACUCCUUACGUUUUGGCGAUAGAACUUGUGGGACCGAAAUGCCGAACUCUGUGCACUAUCUUAUCAAAUAUAGCUUACUCCUUGGGCCUCAUUCUAUUAGCUGGUGUCGUCUACUUGGUCAGAGACUGGCGACAUCUGGCUCUAGCUAGUACAUUGCCAUUUGUGUGCUUCUUCCUCUACAUCUGGCCAAUGCCAGAAAGUCCACGAUGGUUAUUGGCGAGGGGACAAUUUGAAAAAGCUGAAGUGAUAUUGAAGAAAAUGGCCAGAAUCAAUGGCAAAUCCUUACCAGCAAACUACAUGGUGCAUUUGCGACGUAAAUAUGAAUCAGACAAGCUGAAACAAGAUUUAGAAAAGGAGAAGUUGCGCAAAUAUGGAAUACUAGAUCUGUUCAGAACACCUAACUUACGGAAGAAGACUAUCAUCAUAACCUUUAUCUGGUUCACAAACACUAGUGUGUAUGUUGGGCUGUCAUACUAUGCUCCAGUGCUAGGAGGGGAUGAGUUUUUAAACUUCUUUUUAGCUGGUAUAGUGGAACUACCCACUUAUAUGUUCCUGUGGCCAUCCAUGGAACGAUUGGGGAGACGAUGGACUUUAUGUAUGAGUAUGGUGGUCGGUGGUAUUGCUUGCUUAACUACGUUUUUGGUGCAACAUGAAACGAAUGUGACUCUAGCAUUGUACUGCGUGGGAAAGAUGGGUAUAUCUUCAGCGUUUGUGGUGCUACCGUUAAUGGCUUCAGAAUUAUAUCCUACAGUUGUUAGAGGACUCGGCAUGAGUUUGAGCUCUGUGCUCGGAAUGCUUGGACCUAUUUUCAUCCCGUUAGUGAACUAUUUGGGAUCCGAUAUUAUGGUUCUACCCCUCAUCAUAAUGGGAGCAUUACUCGUAGCCGGUGGUAUCGCAAGCUUGCUUCUGCCAGAAACUCUCAAUCAACAUUUACCACAGACUCUAGAGGAUGGUGAAAGAAUGGGCUUAGAUACAGACUUUUGUUGCAGCCCGCCAGUUAGAGAAACUAAACCAGACGAGGACGAAAAGGAAAAAGCGAAUUGUAAAGAUUGCAAUGCACUGUGUUCGUGCCAAAUGGUGAAUGUAUCUUUAAAUGAAGAUGUAGCCGCUGCUAUUGACAAAAAUAAUGAAAAAAUAGAAUUUGUUGUAGUACGUAAAUAA